AUGACACAGCCCGCGGACGACCUCGGGAACGCGGGGAACGAGGCCCUCCGACGGCUCUUCGCGACCCCCGGGUUCGUCAAACUCGGGAUGCCCCUCCAGGCGGUCUGCCAGGUCGCCUCGGGGAAGGACAAGUGGGUGCUCGUCGCUGUGCGCGGAAGGAACUUUGCCAGCGCCUGCCUGGCGCGGGAUUUGUGGAAUCUGGAGGUGAUGGAGGUCUUGACGGAGUCACUCGAGUUCUACGAGGUGAAUGUUGGGAACGAAUACGGGCUCGAGCUCGCGAAGAGCUACCGCGUGGAGGAAGAGAAUUUACCGGAGUUGUUUCUUGUGGACCCGCAAACCCUGCACAAGGAGUUGAAGAUUAUCCUUUGUCGGCAGCAUCCGAGCAUCAUCGACGGAACGCAGGUGGUGGAGCAGAUUUUGCUGUUUAUUGAUGCAAACGGAUCGCCAAAGCAGCGCACGCAGCGGCUGCUUUCUGAGGCUCACGAAAGUGUUGAUGAUGAAAAUGCACAAUUAGGGGAACGUAUUACGUCGAAUCAUGGAAGUGUGGUUGAGGUUGAUCUCGACUCUGGAGAAGCUUUUCAGCGAGCAAAAUCAGUGGAAAGGAAAGAAAAAGCCCCCAGGCCUUUGCCGAUAGAGGAAAUUACCCUCGAUGCAUGGCAUCAAGAAGUCGUUUCAGGUGUGAAUUGUUUUAAACUGCGUUGUCGAUUGCCAAAGUCUAGUUUAACACUUACGCUAAAGCCUGAAACGCCAGUUCGGGUGCUCAUAAGUUUUUUAGCAUAUCGCGUGUACGUGGAGGACACGACGUCGUAUGAUGCUCCACCACCUUCCCUGGAAAUUCGUGCGGGGUUUCCACCAAAAAUGAUUCCAAUUCCUGAACCUGAAGAGGAAGGAAAAGAAGUAACCCUGAUGAAGUGGAAUGGGUUGAAAAGUGGGGAAAUGCUUACCGUGCACCUCCGUAGUGACAAAUCAUGA